AUCAUUGCUAUUCUUACAAAGCAAACCGGUUUGGUAAUAAUAAGUUCUAAACCAGAACCCCACUGGUUUGCAUAUUUUCUCGGUGUAGGGUUUUGCGAUUUGGAUAGUGAGAGUGAGUGAGACUGGGAUUGAGAAAGAAGUCUUCUCAAUCAGCUGAAGCCAAAAUCGAGACGAUGCAGAGAUCGAUUACGAGUGUAUUUUCGUCGACGGCGAAGAGAUAUGUUCGCCGGAAUCUCCAGGGGAAAGGUAAUUCUCCAACCGUACCUUCUUCCUUUAAUCUUUGCGGGUCCUGUUGCUGGAGACGAGCUUUUUCUGGUGGCAGUGGUGAUUACAGAGAGAAAUUGAGUAGAAAUGUGUUACAGGACAUUAAGUUAGAUGAUGCAAUUGGUUUGUUCGGUGAAAUGGUCAAGUCUCGUCCUUUCCCUUCCAUUGUUGAUUUCAGUAAACUGUUGAGUGCCGUUGCUAAGAUGAACAAGUUCGAUGUUGUCAUCUCUCUGGGCGAGCAGAUGCAAAACUUGGGAAUUGCUCAUGAUCUCUAUACUUACAAUAUUUUGAUUAACUCUUUCUGCCGCCGCUCUCAACUCUCUCUUGCUUUAGCUGUUUUUGGCAAGAUGAUUAAACUCGGUUAUGAGCCCGAUGUUGUCACGCUUAACUCCCUGCUCAAUGGUUUCUGUCAUGGUAAGAGGAUUUCCGAGGCUGUAGCUUUGGUUGAUCAAAUAGUCGAAAUGGGAUGUCAACCUAAUACCGUUACAUUUACAACUUUGAUUCAUGGUCUUUUCCUCCACAACAAAGCUUCAGAAGCAGUGGCGCUAGUUGAUCGGAUGGCUGUGAAAGGCUGUCAACCAGAUACGGUUACUUACGGUGCUGUAGUAAAUGGAUUAUGUAAGAGAGGUGAUAUUGAUUUGGCUUUGAGUUUGUUGAAGAAGAUGGAGAAAGGGAAAAUAGAGCCAAAUGUUGUAAUCUACAACACAGUUAUCAAUGGUCUCUGCAAAUACAAACAUGUGAAUGAUGCACUUGACCUAUUCAAUGAAAUGGAGAACAAAGGCACUCGACCAGAUGUUUAUUCCUAUAACUCCCUCAUUAGCUGCCUUUGUAAUUACGGAAGAUGGAGCGAUGCCUCUCGAUUACUUAGUGAUAUGAUUGAGAGGGAAAUCAACCCCGACAUCGUUACUUUCAAUGCAUUGAUUGAUGCAUUUGCCAAGGAGGGAAAGCUUAUAGAGGCUGAUAAAUUGUACAAGGAGAUGAUCAAAAGGUCUAUAGAUCCUGAUGCUAUCACUUACAAUUCAUUGAUCAACGGGUUUUGUAUGCACGAUCUCCUAGACGAGGCCAAGCAUAUGUUUGAGUUCAUGGUUAGCAAGGAUUGUCUCCCAAAUGUAGUGACAUAUAGUACUCUUAUAAAGGGAUUUUGCAAGUGUAAAAGGGUAGAGGAUGGUAUGGAACUCUUCUACGAGAUGUCCCAAAGAGGAUUGGUUGGAGACACAGUCACUUACACCACUCUUAUCCAAGGGUUUUUUCAAGCUGGAGAUUGUGAUAAUGCCCAAGAAGUUUUCAAAAAGAUGGUUUCAGUUGGUAUAUCUCCCAGUAUUAUGACAUACAGUAUCUUACUAGAUGGACUUUGUAAUAACGGGAAGCUAGAGAAAGCAUUGGUGGUAUUCGAGUACAUGCAAAAGAGUGAAAUGGAACUUGAUAUAUUCACAUAUAAUAUUAUGAUUGAAGGGAUGUGCAAAGCUGGCAAGGUGGAAGAUGGUAGGGAUUUAUUUUGUAGUCUCAGCCUUAAAGGAGUGAAGCCUGAUGUUGUAACGUACAAUACAAUGAUCUCAGGAUUUUGUAGGAAAGAUUUAAAGGAGGAAGCAGAUGCCUUGUUCAAUAAAAUGAAAGAAAACAGGCCUCGUCCCAAUAGUGGUACGUAUAAUACGUUGAUUAGGGCACGCCUUAGAGAUGGUAACAAAGCGGCAUCGGCUGAACUCAUCAAAGAAAUGAGGAAUUGCGGGUUUGCUGGAGAUGCUUCAACGAUAAGUAUGGUGAUUAAUAUGUUGCAUGAUGGGAGAUUGGACAAAAGCUAUCUGGACAUGCUUUCUUGAAACAGUCAAUCCUCGAGAAACGAAUUGGAGAGCAACCAUCUUCCCAUGUGAAUGCAUCUGUGAGGUGAAUCGACCUUUUUUAGAUUGCUUUUCUUGUGUUUACUUUUGGACCCAGUUUUUUGUUUUCAUGUUAAAUUUGUUGUUGUUGUUGUUGAGUGUGAGUUUCAUGGACAUGACUGCUACUGCUCUUUGUUAUGCUCCUGUUAGGUUGACACGAGAAGAUUUUCAAACUUCAAAAGUUGUUUCCAUACUUGUACAAGAGACCCUUUUGGUUUGGUUUGAAUUGAGAUAAAUGCAUGAAUUGUCUGAUAAAUAAAUUUAGGCCAACAAAAAAAUUAGAAAAUUUAAGUCAAUUUUUAUUAGAAAGUAGAAACUAGAAAGCUUAUGUCUUUAAUAUACUUAUAUGUCUGCAAACUUAAACAGGUUGGUUAAGCAAUUGCAAGUAGAUUAUAUAACAGAGUGCCAAUAAAAAAAAAACAACCAAACCCACACAUAUAGACACAUACACUCUUGGUUCAUCAGAUAAAUGGGAGAACAUACCAACGAAAUCAACAAACCA